UCAAUUGACACAACUGAAAAUGUUAAAUUUAUCUAAUUGUUUCAAUAAACUCAACAUAAUUCCACCAAAUAUUCUUUCAAAGUUGACAAAACUAGAGGAAUUACGUUUAGGAACUUUUGAUGGUUGGGAAAGAGAAGAAUGGUAUGAAGGAAGGAAAAAUGCUAGUCUUUCUGAGCUUAGGUGCUUACCGCACCUUUAUGAUUUAGAUUUAACCAUUCAAGAUGAAGAGAUUAUGCCAAAACACUUGUUUUCUGCAGGAGAGUUGAAUCUUGAAAAAUUCCACAUUACUAUUGGUUGUAAGAGAGAAAGAGUUAGAAAUUAUGAUGGGAUCAUUAAGAUCAACUACUUUAGACUAUUGGAACUUAAGGUGGAAUCAGAAAGCUGCUUGGAUGAUUGGAUAACAAUUUUGUUAAAGAGGUCAGAAGAAGUGUAUUUAGAAGGAUCAGUUUGUUCAAAGGUUCUCCAAUCAGAAUUGUUAGAUGCAAAUAGCUUCUUACCUUUGAGGAACCUCUGGAUUUUUUAUAAUUCAGAAUUUCAACAUUUCAUCCAUGAAAAGAACAAGCCUUUGCGAAAAUGUUUAUCCAAAUUGGAGUUCUUAUAUCUUAAGAACUUGGAGAAUUUGGAGAGUGUAAUUCAUGGUUAUAAUCAUGGUGAAUCUCCUUUCAACAAUUUGAAGAAUGUAAUCGUAUGGAAUUGCAAUAAAUUGAAAACUCUAUUUUUGAAUUGCAUGUUGGAUGACGUUUCAAAUCUCGAAGAAAUUGAAAUUAAUUAUUGUAAGAAGAUGGAAGUGAUGAUCACUGUGAAGGAAAAUGAGAAGGCAACCAACCACAUUGAGUUUACUCAUUUAAAGUCUUUAUGUCUAUGGACUUUACCACGACUUCAGAAAUUUUGCUCCAAAAUUGAGAAAUUUGGACAAUUAGGUGAGGAUAAUUCAAAAAACUUGAAAACAAGCACAAUUAGCAAUACCAUCAACAUUGAUGAAUCAUUUUUCAGUGAAGAGGUAUCGCUUCCUAAUUUGGAGAAGCUGAAAAUUUGGUGUAUAGAGAAUUUGAAGAUGAUAUGGAGCUAUAAUAUACUCAUUCCUAAUUCCUUUUCCAAACUCAAGGAAAUAGAUAUUUAUUCAUGCAACAAUCUUCAAAAAGUAUUAUUUUCUCCAAAUAUGAUGAGAAUUCUUACCUGCCUUAAAGUCCUAAGGAUUGAAGAUUGUAAAUUGUUAGAAGGGAUAUUUGAAGUGCAAGAACCAAUUAGUUUUGCUGAAGCAAGUCGUAUCGUGCUUCAAAAUUUGAGUGAGUUGAAAUUAUACAAACUUCCAAACCUUGAGUACGUAUGGAGCAAAAAUCCUUGUGAGCUUCUGAGUUUGGUAAAUAUAAAAAGUUUGACCAUUGAUGAAUGUCCAAGACUUAGAAGAGAAUAUUCAGUCAAAAUUCUCAAGCAACUUGAAACACUAAGCAUUGAUAUCAAACAAUUGAUGGAGGUUAUUGGGAAGAAAAAGUUGGCAGAUUAUAAUAGGUUUGAAUCAAAACAAUUGGAAACUUCUUCUUCCAAGGUUGAGGUUCUACCGUUGGGAGAUGGUUCUGAGUUGUUUCCGAAGCUUAAAACUUUGAAGCUAUAUGGUUUUGUUGAGGAUAACUCAACCCAUUUGCCAAUGGAAAUUGUGCAAACCUUAUACCAAUUUGAGAAGUUUGAAUUAGAAGGAGCAUUUAUUGAAGAAAUUUUCCCCAGCAACAUACUGAUUCCUGUGAAAAAACAUUACUAUGCAAGACGAUCUAAAACUUCACAGCGUAGUUGGGUUCUAUCUAAACUACCGAAACUUAGGCAUUUGGGGAGUGAAUGUUCACAAAAGAAUAAUGAUUCGGUUCUACAAGAUCUGACCUCUCUAUCCAUUUCAGAAUGUGGUGGAUUGAGUAGUUUAGUGUCAUCAUCAGUGUCUUUUACAAAUUUGACAUUUAUUAAAUUUAAUAAAUGUGAUGGACUAACCCAUUUGCUGAAUCCUUCCAUCGCUUCAACGCUUGUGCAACUUAAACAAUUGAGAAUAGAAGAAUGCAAAAGGAUGAGUUGUAUAAUUGAGGGAGGAUCGGCCGAAGAAGAUGGAAAUGAUGAAAUUAUUGUAUUCAACAACCUACAAUAUUUAAUCAUUACUUCUUGUUCCAACCUAACAAGCUUUUAUUGUGGGAGAUGCAUCGUUAAGUUUCCAUGUUUGAAACAUGUAUUCGUUGAGAAAUGUCCUAAAAUGAAGUUCAUUUCAUUUGGAAUCGUAAGCACACCACGCGUUGAAAAUAUGAAAAUGUUUCUUUAAAGAAUGAUGAUGCUGAAGAAUCCAAAGAGAUGAUGGAGGAAACUGAUACGAGUAUUAUCAUUAGAGAAUAUUGGGAUUCCAGACUUCCAAAUUUGUUUGGAGAACAAACUUUGGAGGAUAGCCCAUUUGAACAUUCUUCUUCGAAUAAAGUUGAGGAAUAAGGAAUUAUAUUGAUAUUUCUGUGCACUGUACUUCAUAUCAUUUCAUCUACAAGGAAGAGGAUGCAUUUAAGGGAUGGAAGGUUCAUUAAUUAGUCAACUCAUCAAGGUCCAAGAUUACGUUGAUGUAUCAUACGAUGGGCUUUGCCGGAAAGAAAAACAUGAAAAAUAAAUUAUAUAGGGCUAUACUUGGGAUUGGGAAUAUAAUCAAUGGAACUUCAGAUUGUUUUGGUCUUUGCAUUAUAUUGGGGGGAGUUUGGGGAAUUGAUGUAUGAAUGAAUCAGAUCGAAUAUGGAGGAAAAAACUAAUUUAAUUUUUUUUUCUGAAAAAUGAUACUUUGGAUCAAUUGAGUGCACCUGGACAUCUCCAUUAGGUGGACACUCUCUUAAUACCUUCGUCGCUCCCGCUUCAUUAAUAUAAGAGAUCGAUCAGUACACAGGAAGCGAGGAGCAAGAGCCAUUUAUAUAAGAGAUCAGUACAGAAAGCAAGGAGCAAGGACUAGAGAUAAGCGCCACAAGAUUAUACAAAAGCAGAAAUAUUUAAAGCAAGAAUUUCAUUCUAAAGCUCGGUAGCCCCCUUUUUUGAGUGGUUGAAGAUCCUGUUAUUCCUUUUCAGCCAGAUUUUCCAUAAUAUCACAACAAUGAUAUUGAAGACAAUGAAUCCUUUUUGACUUUUUAUAUUGAUUAUCGGUAAAUAUAUAAUCAGGAAUCCUUUGGCAAGUUUUCUAUAAAAGGGAGAAAGCAGCAACAAAUUGUGCUGGCUGGUUUUCAAACUAUGUUGGUUGGCAGGUGAAUGAUGGUGAUUCGAUCUCUUUUUGACAUGAUCAGUGGAAUAACAAAGCACCCCCUUGCACUUAAUGUCCCAAAGCUAUACGAUCUUUCCAAGCUUAAACAUGGCAGUGUAAAAGAUAUGUUGAAUUUUCACACAAA